AUGGCCGAAAAUAGCAGCAGCAGCGCCGAUUCCUACAGUUUCGUCGAAAUUCCAGAACUUCCGAACUCCCAGGCCUACGUCAAAGAAAUCAAUAAAAUCUUUGCGGAUUUGAGAGCAAGAGAGCCGGAAGCUGAGGAGCUCACCCAGAAUAUUUUUAUGCUCAUCGGAAUGGCCAAAGCCGCCAAGAAGAAGAUGGAGCUGGAGAAUAAGAACAAGGUUGACAUCGACGUCGUCAUGGACGCCAUCGGAUCGCUUCAGAUCAAAGCUUUCGGUGAAAAAUAA